AUGGCAGAGCUCCGAAGACAAAUUCCUCCAGACUAUGCUUUGUAUUUGGUGCCCUUCUUACCGCGCACGCCCACAGGGAAGGUGGAUCGGAAAGCUCUGGAUGUGAUGCUGGGAAAACACUUCACCCUCAAGGCCCAAGCGGAAGAAGCACAGAAGCAAUCGGAUCACUUGAGCCUCAUCGCAAGGUGGUAUGUUUGUUUGUUGCCUCUGACUGUGGGUCCUGCAUAUAACUUCCUGGUGGCAGAGGAUCAUUUCUUUGCCUUCGCCUGGAUGGUAUUGGAGAUCCUGCUGCGAGCUUUUCUUUUCACAUAUCUGUUCUUGGGCAUGGCAUACGAAUUGCGUUUCCUGAACCCCUACCUGCGUUUUUGUCCUUUCGACCGCCCUGGUGCCUUGCUGCUCUGUGCAGGCCUUCUUCCCAUCUGGACGCUGCCGUGGAAUCUUCCGCUGCUUCUGACGGCAUGUCCUGGGGCGUGGCACGGCUUUCGGCGGCAGCGACUACUGUCAUGGCCCGUGGUGGUCGGGAUCAAUUUCCCCAGGAUGGCACGUGACAAUGGGCUUUGGUGGUACAAACACCUCACAACCUGCAAAGGGAUCAAGACAAUCCGGGAGUGGUACGUGAAUCAGAUGAAGCGGAAUUGGAAGGAAUUGCAUCAAUGGUACUUGGAAAAGAUGGGCCGUACCAGGAAGUGCUAUCACUGCAAGCAAGAGAAACUCUGCAGCAAGGGCUCAGAAGAUCCGCAAGACUUGAAGUGGUAUUGCGAAGCAUGUUGGAGCCACUACUAUAAACACUGGCAAUGCCCCAGCUGUAAAGCUUGGACGUUGCGAGGAGAUAAGUGGCAGAACCAGUGGCUGUGCUCCAAGUGUUUCCAAGCGAAGAAGAAUGCAGUGCCACCUUUGGCUGUUCCACUGCUUGCAGAGGUCAAUCACCUGCCAAACGCCUUGGAGUCCCCGCCGAAACGACAGAAGACCGAGGCAACACAGGAAGAAUCUGGUCCGGUGCCAAUGGAAGUGACAAAUCAGGCGGUGAGUCCACGAGAUCUCGUGGGAGCCGGAGCGGUGCCCGCUUCGGCAUCACAUGCAGCGGAUGCCGCCGCGGGCAAUGGACUGCUCCAAACCCCACGGGGCACGGAAGUGCGGCCACUGGUGCUUCAUUUCGCCAGGGACUUGGAUGGCACCAUGGGAACCACGGGUGGAACCGGUGCGGCGAACGGCGGGAACGGAUCUGCGGUGCUUAAGAGCGCUGAGUGGAUGGAAGUAGAAGAGGCCUUGGGAUGGAGCUUCAACUCUUUGGAGGAUCACCUGCUGGGCAUCGAUUCCAUGAGGUUUGCUAAGCUGAUGAGUAGCUUGUUGCGAAAGGGCAAGCAGCUGCCAGCGAGCGCCCAGAAAUGUCGAAAUCUAGGGGAACUCUUGGGUCAGAUCCAUAUCUUACCGGCGCAACAAGCGGAUGCGGAGGUGGUCGGCCAAGAGUGGCCGGCUUGGGGGAUGAUGUGGGGCUCCGUCUGCGGCUGGCGCUUCUAUUGCCAACGUCCGAUUUCGGAGCCAGUACUGCGACGGGCUGUGCAGGACCUAAUUUCUCGGCACGUCGCACUGCGCUGCGUACCAGCUGAUCCAAUGGAACUCUUUUUCCAGAUUCAAGCUGCCCUGAGUGUCUUGCACCUGUGGCGAGUGUCAUCACCUUCCUUUGCCCGAAGCUGGCUCUCUUCCUUGGCCUCCUACAGCUUGAAAUCUGCUUGGCCCAAAGUGCAGUCCAUCCAUCCCCAGGUGGACAGUGUCUUGGCAAAUCUUCCCAUGUCCGAGAGCUUUGAGAAAGCUGAAGCUUUGCUGUCCACUCAGGCCAAACAGGAUCCGUUUCGUCCGCCAUUUCAGUUGAGAGUCGCACCUUAUCCUGGUGGUGUGGUGGUGCAGCUGCGCUUGACCCACAUGUUUUCGGAUGGUUUUUGCAUCGUCCCCUUGCUCCAAGACCUGGCCAAAUUGGUGGCGGAUCAGGAGCUCUUGGCGCAGGGUCAGCAGAUUUCUCCGCUGCCAGCCUUGCCGGUCUCCUUCGAUCUACUGCAGCGACGUCUCUUCCGCACCGUGGAUGGGGACCACAGCUUGGGCGACCCCGUGACGCCCACCACUUUGGACUCUGGCGGUUGGACCAACUUGGUUCGCUCCGAACUGCUGAGCGUGAGCCCCAUGCAGGUGAGCCUCAUCAAACAUGCAGCCCUAAAGCUGGCGGUUCCGGAUGAGAUCCUCCUGCUGACAGCCAUUGGCGUCUCCAUGGGCAAAGUGCACCAGCAGGGCGCGCAGUCCUUGCACGUGAUCGCGCCCCAGCGGGACGAGCCGUGCGCCUCGGAUCUCAUCGGCCUCUUCGCGGACUAUCGCCGCUUGGAAGUUCCCAUAGAAGGUUUGCACUACGCGGGCGUGGCUCUGGCCUUGAACGUCAUCGUGAAAGAACGCCUCUGGCGUCAGCCUCCCGUGGUCAGUCAAGCUGCUGUACCAUUUGUGAAUUUCAUGUGGACCGACUUUGAGGAGCCCAAUGGCUUCAAGCCCAUCCCAGCAUACAAGGGCAAGGAAGGCAGCUCAGUCUCUCCCAUUCAAGUGGUGGUAGUGCAGCCCAGUAGGGAAUGCUGGCGGAUUGUGUGCACCUUUAAGUCCGAAGUUUACACCAAAGAUCAAGUGGAAAGGUUCGUUGGAUAUCUGGAGGAAUCUUUGCGAUGCUUGAUCGAAGCUCCGUUGAGCCCGACACUGUGA